UGGUCAACAACAACAUUCAACAGCUGAUGAGUUGAUAAGAGGAGAUUUAAAAGUGAUUUAAGAUAGAAUGGUCUUAUACUGACGUUAACUGUCGGAGUUGCGAGGUCAGUCACGGAACAGCGAGGUUUUUGUUUCUUGUAGUUUGUUGUCUUUGAGUUUUCCGGAGUAGAAAAUGAGUGUUAAUGGUAAUAGAAACGCAGAUUUAUACAGUGAGUGCAUCGCCGGGAACACAGGAGACAACGAAACCUCUCCUUUAUUACCAAAUGGAUCAGUGCAGACCAGGGCCAAAGGAGCUUCCUUCGCCUCCUCUGUGUUUAACCUGAUGAAUGCCAUCAUGGGCAGCGGUAUACUGGGUCUAGCUUAUGCUAUGGCUAACACUGGCAUAGUUGGUUUCUGUAUCCUGUUGGUACUAGUGUCCAGCCUGGCAGCGUACUCUAUACAUCUCCUUCUGAAGCUAUGUGACCAAACAGGCAUCAAUUCAUAUGAAGGCCUUGGAGAGAGAGCCUUGCAAAAGCCAGGAAAAUUUCUAGUUGGAGUUGCCAUUCUUAUCCAAAAUGUUGGUGCUAUGUCAUCUUAUUUGUUCAUCUUGAAGUCGGAGCUUCCUGCAGCCAUAAGCAGCUUCCUGAGCCCAGACAACGCAGGAAAUUCCUGGUAUGACGAUGGCAGGUUGCUUCUGAUCCUAGUCACACUCUGUGUUGUUCUACCUUUGUCAAUAUUGCCUAAAAUUGGCUUCCUGGGAUACACCAGUAGCCUGGCUUUCUUCUUCAUGCUGUACUUUGCUGUUGUGGUUGUUGUCAAAAAAUGGUCCAUCCCCUGCCCACUGCCUCACAAUGUGACUACAUUUUCAGGAGCCUUCCAGAUAUCAAAUUCCUCUGACUCAGAGUGUACGCCCAAACUCUUUGUCAUCUCCAGUGAGAGCGCCUACGCCAUCCCCACCAUGGCCUUCUCCUUUCUGUGCCACACAGCUAUCCUACCAAUCUACUGCGAACUGGACCGACCGACCAAGACCAGGAUGCAGAACGUUACAAAUGUCGGUAUUAGCCUCAGCUUGCUGCUUUACCUCAUCUCUGCACUGUUUGGCUACCUCACCUUCUAUGCUCACGUGAACUCAGAGUUGAUGCUUGGCUACGAUACGUACCUGCCGCGGGACAUCAUGGUGAUGACGGUUCGGCUGGCCAUCCUCCUCUCUGUGUUGCUGACUGUACCACUCAUUCACUUCCCUGCCCGUAAGGCCGUGAUCUUGCUGCUAUGUGGAGGACGUCCCUUCUCCUGGCUGAGCCACAUCAUUGCAACUAUAACCAUCCUGGGUGUGGUGCUGAUACUGGCCAUCUUUGUCCCUGAUAUCAGAAAUGUGUUCGGAGUAGUGGGAUCGACAACAUCCAGCUGCCUCUUGUUUAUUUUCCCCGGCAUCUUCUACCUUAAGAUCAGCAGCCAACCUCUCAGAUCCUUUGACUCCAUUGGGGCUAUACUUCUGGUGGUCUUUGGCCUUAUUAUGGGACUCAUCAGCUUCUCUGUCAUUGUCAUUACAUGGGCACAGAGCUCCUAACCCCCAUCUCUCUUUUCCAAAUCAAGCACAAGAGCAAAGAGAGGGAAAAGUGUGCCAAAGAAACUGAAUACUGGAUAAAGAAAAGGGAACCGACAGAUGUUUAUCUGAAUUACCUCAGGCAGAUUAUUUAUGGUGAAGUUGUUCUCAACACUAGACUAGUGUGUUUUUCUAACUCAGAAACCAAGUACAUACAAGCCAAAACAAAACAAGGACUUUUCAUGUUCUACUCACUAAUUUUCUCAGCUUUUCUCCAAGUACCAACUUUACUAUAUGUGAUUCAGGGCAAUCUUUGUGUUUUUAAGCGGCCUGAAACAAAAGAUGAGUGAGUUGAGUGUGUCUGUGUGUACAGAACAAUACAAAAAGUGUCAGGCAAGUUGUCCGUUAUCUUUUAAGCCAUUGUGUUGUUCUGUGUGGAUGAUCAUACACCUUAUAUACAAUCUACUACAAGCAUUUGAAAAAUGCUAUUGACUACGUCUGAUCCAUAAAUGUGUCAGGUUUACUGCUUUCUUAAAUUUUGUUUGUGGCACGUUUCACAUUUUUUGCAUAUCAUAGUGACUAAUUUACAUUCCCUGAUUUAUGGCAAGUGCCAAGUGUUUUUAUUUUAUUCACUUUAUUUUGUUCUUGGAUUUUUCUUUUAAGCUUUUUGUUUUCAUCUUUUAAUCUAUGUAUUGAUCUGCCACUCCACUUAUGGUCCAAACCUCGGGUUUCAAUGGUGCUGCUGCUACUUUGAAAGCUUUAAUGAAUGUGUUUUUGUUUGGACCAGUUAAUUACAACAUACUCCAUGCGGUUAUAAUGUAAAAUAAUUGACAGUUAGUCUUCAAAUUAUUGGCAUUUAAUAAAAGGGAAAGUUGUUUAUGCA